AUGACCACCUUGCAGCUGCCCUCUCGCCAGGAGACGCGGGAUCCCCAGCCUGCUGAAAUAGACCGACGGUUGGAAAAGAAGCUGAAGAUCACACAGAAGGAAAGAAAGUCCAAAUCUCCUCCUAAAGUGCCCAUCGUGAUUCAGGACGACAGCCUCCCUGCGGGUCCUCCCCCCCAGAUCCGCAUCCUGAAGAGACCGACCACCAACGGCGUCCUCAGCAACCCCAACUCGGCCAGCAGGCCGGCCCUCCCCGUCAAGUCCCUGGCGCAGAGGGAGGCGGAGUACGCGGAGGCGCGGAAACGGAUCCUGGGCAGCGCCAGCCCCGAGGAGGAGCAGGAGAAACCCAUCCUGGACAGGCCACCGAGGAUCUCCCAGCCGGAAGACACGCGACAGCCCAACAAUGUGAUCAGGCAGCCCCUGGGUCCUGAUGGUUCCCAAGGCUUCAGGCACCGCAGAUAG